AUGUCGACCUCGUCGGUCAACAAUCCCGCGCCGCCGCAGACUUCCAACGAGCCAAGCGAGGAGCCUCAACCAGAAACCUCGCAAACGAAUGGCAGCCAAGACGGUGGCGAUGAUGCCCCGACGACGGUAUCGGAGCCCCCGCCCGUGGAGACAACAACAGAGCAACCACCGCCAGACCCAAGCACGGCUGUGAGCGAACCACCGCCGCCAGAAACGACGACCGCGGUGGAUGAGCCUAGCACCACCACGACUGUCGCGGAGCCCACCACCACUACCACAGAACAACAGCCCACGACGACGACGGAGGAGGAGGCCCCUCCAAUCACCACAACCACCACAGAAGAGGACAUACCGACCACCAGCGAGCAGCCUGAGCCUACUGUAACGGAGGGGACGACCACCGAAGUGGUCGUGACCACAAACGAGGUGGGCAGCACCGCAACAAGCAUCGUCACCAGGACGAGGACUCGCGAGGCCCCUGUAGAUGACACGACGACGACCACUGUACCUACCACCAACCCCACGCCCAUCAAUCCCGGCAGCGGCAGCGGCUCGGGGGGCCUCGACUCGGGCGCCAGAAUUGCCAUUGGCGUCGUCGUCCCCAUCGCCUCCAUCGCCAUCCUCGCCCUAGUCGCUCUCUUCUUCUGGAAGAAGCGCAAGGCGAGGCGCGCGGCCGCAGAGGAGCGCAGGAAGGAGGUCGAGGACUACUCAUACAACCCCAAUGCCGACCCUACCAUCCCCAACGUCGGCGGCCUGGGCGGCAUGGGUGGCGCCGCUGACGGAGGUCACGAGAUGAGGGAGGAUUCGUCAGGGUAUCGCGGCUGGGGGACCACCGUGGCCGGAUCAUCAACGGGUCGCAAGGCUUCCACGACCAUGUCGGGCGGUGGCCUCGCCUACUCCGACCCCGCGUCACCCACGCAGCAGCACGCCUCGCUCGCGCGGGGCGACGAGGUCUACUCCCCCGAGGGCGAGAUCCUCGGCGCCAUGGGUCCCGCGGCCGCCAACAACCGCGGAAACGGCGUCAACCGGGGGCCAUCCAACGCCUCGUCCUCGUACAGCGCCGCCAACCGGUCCGACAACUCGGACGGCAACUUGUCCUACGGACACGGACCAGGGCACUACGACCAGGGGGCACACAACCCGUACGAACUACCUGGUGGAGGCGCCCCCAAUGAGCUGUCCGCCGCGCCUGUUAUUAAGGAUAAUCCGGCCCGGCGGAACACGCGCAUUGAGAACCCAUCACACUUUCCGCAACAGAGUGCUGGUAUCUCGCAGAAUUUUUGA